UCAAAGUGAAAGUUUGUCAAAAUAAAAUGAAAGUAGAAAUAUAUCAGAGAAGACAACAUGUUGAAUAGUUUAGACAGAAACUGGAAUUCUUUUUAAGAAAAGUUUUACCUUGUUUGGUUAAGAAACAACAGUACAAGGAAACAUAUUUAAAUAACCCGGAACAUUUCAAAUGUUCUAAAUGUCGACCUACGCUUACGCAACAAUUUGUGCAAAUUACUGUAUAGCAGAGUAGCGAAAGACACGGACACAUUGGCUUUCGGCCUUUCUUUGAUUUAUUCUAUAAAUGGCAGAAGCAGUGAGUGAUACCUUGCCAGAUGAGUUUACCAAUCCAAUUGUUUUAAAGAAUGGUUGCUACGAGAAUCCAUGGAAAGGAUUUAAAUUUCCAGGCUUAGGAGGAUUAUUGAAGUUCAUUUUCAUCAGCAAAGACAACUCCAAUAUUCCUAAAAGUCAAGAAUUAGACAAAACACUGCCAGUAGAAAAACCUGACUUUGCUAGAUUGAAUAACCCACCUCCCAAUGAUAUUCAGGUCACAUGGAUAGGACAUGCUAGUGUACUAGUUCAGUUUGAUGGCCUAACGGUUCUCACAGAUCCAAUUUUUAGCCAGAGAGCUUCUAUGUCACAAUGGUUUGGACCAAAGCGUUUUAGACCAAUACCAUGUGAAGUUCAAGAAUUACCAAACAUCAACAUUGUAGUUAUAAGCCAUACACAUUAUGACCAUUUAGAUCAUGGGUCUGUCCAGCAAUUGAAUGAGAGAUUUGGGAAAGAUUUGGCUUGGUAUGUUCCUAAAGGGACAAAACAAUGGAUGACAAAUGUUGGAUGUGAAAAUGUUACAGAAUUAACUUGGUGGGAAGAGUCUGUAUUUCCUAAAAACACAGAUGUUAAGUUAGUUUGUACUCCAUGUCAACAUUGGUGUAAGAGAAAUUUAAUUGAUACUAAUAAGGCAUUAUGGGGAAGUUGGAUUGUGAAAGGACCUAAACAUAGUUUUUACUUCGCUGGGGAUACUGCUUAUUGUGAAGGAUUUGAACAGAUAGGUAGAAAGUAUGGUCCCUUUUCUUUUGCAGCUAUACCUAUAGGUGCAUAUGAACCAAGAAACUUUAUGAAGAAUCAGCAUGUCAACCCUGAAGAAGCUGUUAAGAUUCAUGAAGAUAUUAAAGCAGAAAAUUCUCUUGGAAUUCACUGGGGAACAUUUAAAUUAACCACUGAGCAUUACUUAGAACCAAGAAGUAAACUUACAGAAGAGCUGAAGAACAAGAACAUUCCUAUUUCAUCUUUUUUCACAUUACCUCAUGGAAGAGUUCAUGUUAUUGGCAAAGAUAAGCUUAGUGGUGAUGAAUGAUUAAACAUUCAAUUGUGACACUUGCAAUCCAUGAAAAUGUAAAUCGAAAAGGAGAUGGUCCUUGAAUGGCUUGAAAUUGUUAUUUUAAUCACAUAUUUCUCCAUUACAACAAAACAGAAUAAAUUAAUAUCUGGAAAACAGCUUGACAAUAAUGGCUUGUAAAUUGUAAACACUUUUGGAAUAUAUCAGACACCUAGUCCCUAUUAUCAAAUACUUUGAUUUGGGAGCAUGGAUAUGCUUAAGUUAGAAAUGCUUACAACUUCUUGUGUAGUAGGUCAAACUUUUGUAUACAGAGUAGAUAAUCAAAACAGAUGUAUUAUUUUCAAGGUUUUAUGAAAAAUUUACCUUUUUACAGAUUUAUAUUUGAUGUAUAAUUUCAUAAACCAUUAGUCACACUUUCAGUUUAUAACUUGAUGGUCAGAUUGUGUAAUAAUUUUGUCAGAGUAUUUAGCAAAGUGUAUCCAAAACCAAGAACUUAUCAGAAAUGGUCCAGUAUUGGAUACAGAUAAGAUUUUUAGCCACUCUCACUGUUAAGACAUCAGAAAUAUCUAAGAUUAAAACUUAUCAAAAUAAUGCAAUUUCAUUUCUAUCUUAUACAUUGUAUAUACAAAUGUUUUCUGAAGAAUCUAUGCUCUAAUACCAUUGUUGAAUUUUCAUGGGUUUUAAGAACAUUAAAAUACCUGUAUAAUCCUAUUCUUUCAAGCUUUGUUAGAUAUUCAAAUGGAUUUGGUCAGUAUUUGAAUCUGUUUAUCUUAUGGAUAAAUGAAAGAAAAUGAUGCUAGAAUUAUAUCUUUUAGAACUUCAUUACUAUAACAGCAGUAUGCACUGAUCAAAUAUGAUUCCAUUAUGACUUUCAUAAAAUAAAAGUUCAUAAAAAGCCAUUUUGUGACAGCAAAAUUUUAAAGUACAAAUUAUGUGCCAGUCAUGAACAAUUCUGUAUUUUUAACAACCAAUUUUGAUAACAGAUUUCUUUGGUGAAUAGAACUCAGUGAUCUUAAGGUGAACUAAUUUUUUUCAUGUAUCUUUGCUACUUGUCAAAAUAUAUGCAUUGUUGAUAAAUUAUAUAUUUGUGAUUUGUCUUUGCUAAGAUCUGGACCUGAAUGCUUAACUUAAAAGUAUAUAUGUCAGUGUUUUUAUGUAUUGUUUUGUGGCCUUGUUUUUAUUUUAAUAUGUCUUUCAUUUUUCCCAUGUCAUUGUCAGUAACUCAUUGACUUCCGAGUUUUAUAUGUCCCCUUGAUAUCUCUUUUUAGCUCACCUGGUCCAAACUAUUGCAAUCAAUUGACAUAAGAAGUCGGCAGUGUCCACCGUAAACGUUUACAGAAAAUAUUCUCUUGACAAAUUUCAACCAUACUUUAAGAGAAUGAUCUUUUGGGUAUCUAGUAUAAAGUUAGUCAAUGUUGCAAAUUAACCAACAUGGCAGCCUUGGCUUAAAAAUAGCACCUAAAGAUAAAAUGUAUUUAAUAUCUUAUAUCUUGAAAACCUUUACUAAUAGAGAAAAUCUGCUAAGAAAGUGAAAAUGAAAAUUCAUCUCCUUCCUAUUUUCACCAAAAUUACCAGAUGAAUCGUCAUGGGAGUUAUUGCCCAAGUAUGAUGAUUUUUGAAUAAUUUUCGAGUUUUUGCCUAUUAUCUUUAAAUUAUAAUCGAUAAGUAGAAUCUAUGAAAUGAUAAGAUAUACACAAUUUAUAAAAUUGGCAUAACGAAAGAAACAAUUGAAUGACUUCUUGAUGUAGUUUUUGCCCUUUAAUGAAAAUAUUGACUAAUUUUCAAGUUUUUGCCUUUAUCUCGAAAAUUGUAAUAGAUAACUGUAGAAUGUAGAAACUGCAAACAACAAAACUGAUCAGCAAAACAAGAUAUACUGAAAUGCCAAUUUUACUGAAGCCAUCGGAUGACAAUUUAUAGAAGUUAUUGCCUUUAAAUGAUGAUUUUUAAUUUCGUGCUUUUUAACUUUUUGCAUAUUAUUUUAAAAAUUAUAAUAAAUAGGUAGAAACUCUGAAUUACAAACAUGAUCACCAAUAAUACAAGUCCUACAAGAAUGCCAAUAAAAACCAAACCAUUGGAUGACCCCUUAUUAUAAUAAUUGCCUUUAAAACAUGAUAUUUUGCUAGCUUUUGAGUUUUUGCCUACUAUCUCUAUAACUAUUAUAGAUAGCUAGUUACUGAAAACAGCACAAAUGAUUAGCAAUACAAGAUCUACAACAAUGAUAAAUAUGACCAAAUCCAUUGGAUGACUCGGUAUAUGAGUAUUGCCGAUUUUUCAAGUUUUGCAAGUGAAUGAUCCAAGCUCUGAGGGAGCUCUUGUUUAAAAUGAGAUGAACAAAAGAGGAAAUCAAUGAAUAGAAGAUUUUUGUAUUUUCUGAGUGGACAGAAAAUCUCUGUAAUUGCUUUUCUCCAGUGUAAACUAUUGUCCGAUUUUAAAAGUAUCACAAAAUUAGAAAUAUAUUAUUGUAGUAUUUACAUAUCUUUAUUUUGUAUUUAUAGUUUUUUUUUCCUAUUCAUAUUGUAAAACUAGUUAAUUUCUCUAGUUUUCACGUUUCUAUAAUAUUACAAAUUAAAUAUAAUAUUUGAAAAUUAUCAAGUUACAUGUUUUAACAUAGAAUUGCUGUUAGAUGAUUUUUCAAAUUAUGUCCUAACCAUUUCUACUAACACCCUGAAUUAUUUAAAUUUCAUUACACAUAAAAAGGGGAAAUUAGAUACAUCAUGUUUCUGAAAAUAAGCACAAAGAAAUCUUUGUUACAUCCUUUUAUACUGGUUACAGCUGUAUGAGAUGUGAAUAUAACUAUUAAAAACAAUCGGAAAAGUCUGAGAUGAAAAUCAAAAUGUAUUUAAUCUGAGUUUAGUUCUCAGUAUUAAAGUGACCUAUAACGGUAUUACUUACUGAGAAGAUGUAUCUUGUGGACCUGAACAGCUUUCUACAAAUGUGUGUCAUUCUGACUUACAGUUAACCUUCAUUAAUAAACUCAUGAUAGAUACCAGAAUUUAGUUUCUGUAUGCCAGACGAACGUUUCGUCUACAAAAGACUCAUCAGUGACGUUCAAAUUGAAAACGUUAAAAAGGCCAAAUAAGGUGUAACUUUGAAAAGCAAUGAGGUCCUAAAAUUCUGAAAGGUUUAGCCAAAUACAGCUAAGGUAGUCUAUUCCUUGGAUAGAAAAUCAAAAAGUUCAAAGUUUUGUAAACAGUUAUUUUAUAAUCAUGAACAUAUCAAUGACAAUUCAUGUCAACACAGAAGUGCUGACUGCUGGGCUAACUUUAGUUAUAUUUUGUAUGUUACUACAUUUGAUUUACAGUAAUACAUACUAGAUAAGUUAUGUAUCCAUAAGGACAGAAUUAACUGGCUUCCUGACCUACAUUACGCGAUUUACAGAUUUUGGUGAAAUUUUAUAUCUUGAUUUUAUACUCAAUUCGAGAUAAUUUUCACUGAUGUCAUUAGUUGUAAAGAUGAAUUUUAUAAUUUCUGACAGUCUAAAUUCCAUCAAAUGCAUGAUGACCUUAUUAGUAUACAUUAAGUUAAUGAAACAUCUGAAGGAAAUAUGGAGAACUUUGUAAUCAUAUAAUAAAUAAUAUAAUAAAUUAAAUAAUGUAAAUUCGGGGAAAUUAUUGCGGGCUAUUAUUAUUGUGAUUAUUAAACAAUGGACACAAAUGUGAUAUCAAUCUUCACGAUUUCAGGAAAUGAUCCAUACAUAUAAUGGUAUCUAAUAAAAAAAUGCGAGUUUUUAUUUUGUGCGAAAUAUAUGACGUCCUAAUUUUCGCAGUGAUUUCUGAAUUUACAAUAUUGAGAAAAUCAGUCUAUCGUUUGUACCUUUUACAUAUGUACUGUUAACAGUUUCAUUCAUAGAUGUGUAUUAUUCAGAAUUUACUUACAUGUGUAACAUUGUGUGUAAUGUUUCAAGUUUCAGUUAUAGGUGUGUACUUAUUCAAGUUUUACUUUCAGGUGUUUACUGUUACAAGCUUUUUUGGGAAUUUAAAAUUAUUUCAUUUUUAACAAGUUUGUAUAUCAAAAUGUAUAUAAUAUGUUGUGAAGGUAAAAUGAAACAGAAAUAAAAUGGAAUUUAAUGUGA